CCUCCAUACUGUCUUCUGCAUCAAAACCGCAUCGAGCAGCCUUGGGUAUGUGGGUUGGAUGGGUGUGGUGUGCCCGUCGAGCCGUUCGGCAUAAUGUGAAGCCUCCACGGAGGCUGCUAUCAGUGCAAGCGCAGCCGCAAGCCGAUUUACUUUCCAAAGCCACUCGGAACAUUGGCAUCAUUGCUCAUAUCGAUGCGGGCAAAACCACUACCACGGAGCGUAUGCUCUACUACAGCGGGUAUACGAGACGAAUAGGAGAUGUCGACGAAGGCUCAACAGUAACCGACUUUCUCCCCGCUGAACGAGCGCGUGGAAUUACCAUUCAGUCUGCGGCCAUCACAUUCCAUUGGCCGCCACUACCUCCAAAUGCUCAGACACCUCCUCAGACACCACAACUACCCUCGUCAUUUGACACUUCUCUGCGAUCUUCGAUCCCGCACAAUAUCAAUCUCAUCGACACACCUGGCCACGCAGACUUUACGUUCGAAGUGCUCCGCUCUCUCCGUGUUCUUGAUGGUGCUGUAUGUAUUCUCGAUGGCGUCGCUGGUGUAGAAGCCCAGACGGAGAAGGUCUGGACACAAGCUGGUCUUUAUCAUAUCCCGAGGAUCAUUUUUGUGAACAAGCUGGAUCGAGUAGGUGCCGCCUUUUCAAGUACUGUGAAAGAAAUUGGCGUGAGAUUGCAUGGCUGGCCAGCUGUCUGUCAGAUACCGUGGUGGCAAGGCGGUAAUGGAGAGUUCGUUGGGGUUGGCGAUGCUGUCAACCUACGUGGCUUGCUGUGGCGGGCCGGCGGCGAUGGUAGAGACAUCCAAGCAUUCGACCUUGCAGCGCUUAGUAAGACUGACCAGAAGUUUGCUGAGGAGAUCAAGAAGGCAAGGAUAGCGCUUGUCGAGAUACUAAGUGAGCACGAUGAUGGCAUGGUCGAAUACUUCCUCGAGUACGACGAAGACCAUCUAGCGAUACCCGGAAUCCAGGUUAUGCAGUCGCUCCGUCGAGUAGUAUUACAAGCACCUCAAGUCAUCAUCCCUGUCUUCGCAGGCGCCAGCUUCCGUAAUAUUGGCGCGCAACCCCUUCUAGACGCAGUCGUCGAUCUUCUUCCGUCACCAUUUGAAAGACCGGACCCAGAGAUUAGCAUCUCGAAUCGGAGUAGCACGUUAUCCGCACUUGUCAACUCAGCAGCAACAGCCAAACCCGUCAAGCCAUCUCGCAAGCAACAGCAGCCAAAAACUGAACAACUAGCUAUUGCCGAGGUCAAGAAUCUGACAGCGUGCGCCCUUGCUUUCAAGGUCGUCAAUGACCCCAAACGCGGUGUUCUAGUCUACGUUCGUGUGUACUCUGGUUCCAUCGACCGAGGCGCUACUCUGUACAAUACCAACCUGGCUGUAGCAGAACGUGUACCCCGGCUCCUCAAAAUGUACGCCAACGACGCUGUGGAGGUUGACAGCAUCACAGCGGGUCAAAUCGGCGUGAUAACAGGCCUUAAGCACGCAAGAACCGGCGAUACACUCAUCGUGUAUAGAGGCCUGCAGAUGAAAGGCACUCCAUCAGGCGGUCUGAACACACUGCAGCUGAGGCCGAUCAAUGUGCCUCCGCCAGUGUUCUUUACAAGUAUUGAGCCCCAUAGCCUGAGCGAGCAGAAGCACGUACAAGAGAGCUUGGGUAUACUGCUUCGCGAGGACCCGAGUCUGCAUCUCUCGAUCGACGAAGAGUCUGGCCAGACACAUCUGGCAGGCAUGGGCGACUUGCAUCUUGAGAUUGCCCGGGACAGGCUGCUGAACGACUUCAAAGCCAAGGCGCGCAUCGGCAAGAUUGAGAUUGGGUAUCGCGAGACGAUAAAUACACCCACGUCGCCAUACACACACAUUCUCGAUAAACCAAUCGCCGGAAAACAAGCAAAAGCCAGCGUCACUGCUUCUGUUGAACCAGCUGACGACAGCGCCAUUAGCGUGGGUUUGCAAGAAGAAGAAGAGCAUAUUGAGGAUGGCGCGUUCGAAACGACAUAUAAACUGCCCGACAACAACACGCUCCACAUCUCACAUCCCAACCUCUCCCGUCACGACUCGGCAUCGCACAAACACCACCUCCCACCGCAACUCUCACUGCCGGGCGUUCUCCACUCUAUACAAGCCGGUGCAUCAGCAGCUCUCGCACGCGGGCCGUUCAACGGCUAUCCAGUGGCUAAUACACGUGUCAACGUCGACCUGAAUGCUCAAACCCACCUGUUGCCCGAGACUACGCCGACUGCGAUCUCCAUGGCGACUCGAGCGGCCGUGGGAAGCAGCCUCAGAAGCGCAAACGACACUGCUCCAUCAGCGCUGCUAGAACCUGUCAUGAUGGCCACCAUUUUCGUUAAUGAAGGCUCUCUUGGCGCAGUGGUCCAGGACAUCUCCUCCUCCCGCGGCGGUCAAGUUCUCUCCCUCGACGGCUCUAACUCACCAACUUCGUCCAAUUCCGACGACGAUAUGCCACACAUCGAUCCCAAUCUCAUCUACACGCCCCCUGAUCCCUUUGCUUCUGGUACUGGGGAAGUGGGAUCUGGGCUGGCGAACAGUCAGAGACAGAUCGUUGCACGAGUCCCAUUGAAGGAGAUGGUCGGGUAUCUGAACCAUCUCCGAGCGCUUACAGGCGGCAGAGGAACAUUUGUCAUGACUGUCGAUGGGUUUGAGAAGAUGGGGAGCCAGCGGCAGAAGGAGGUGCUGGACGCUAUGAGGGACUUUUGACGUCCGAAUUGUGAAAAUAGACUGUACAGUAGCAAUUUGUAGGUGGGCUUAUAUAAAUAAACCACGCAGUGGACUCAUUCACUUGAAGGUGUUGCCGAAUGCGGUGAAAGUGAGCUGCCCCAGCAAGUCAUUUUCGUUGCUUAACCUUUGCAAGUAGCCGAAACACCAAUCGUACUCAAUUUCACCCGCAACGACAAUUAGCACUCUAAUAUUCAAAGUCAGCGACUCCUCACCUUGCAAUUUUACACUCCACUUCCGCUCAACGUGAUCGCUCACCAUUACUC